AUCUAAAAUUUGUGCUUACAAGGAGAAAAACAAUACAAGAGUUGGACAAGAAAAAGGAAAAAAAGAUAAAAGGAGAGAAAGACAAAUGGAAAGAUAUAUGGAGAUGGAGGAAACAAAGAUUUCCUCUAAUGUCCUCCAACCACACCCACACACACAAUUCAACCUCUUUCCACAAUUAACCCCUCUUUUUUUCCCUUCCAUAUAUGGGGUUUUAUCUAAGUACCCCAUCCACACUAUCCCUCUUGAUAAAAUGGACCAACUAUUCUUCAAAGAUUUGAUUUUUUUGAUGUGGGUUUGAGUUUUCUUGAAAUUUUGGGGCUUUUUUUCCUUGGUGGGUAUGUGCUAGUGAAUUGAGAUGAAAAGGUCUGUUGAGGGUUUCAAUGGAAUUAGUUUUGUUGAUGAAGAAGAAUCCAAGGUGGAGAAACUAAACCAGAAAAAGCUGUUAAAUGAGUUAUUAGAACUGCAAAAGGAUUUUGUCUCCAAGAAGAGGAAGUUGCAGGCUGCAAAGCUGAAGAAAGAAAACAUUUUGGGUGAAAUCCUAUUCUUAAAGCAAAGGCGUAAAUACUUAUUGAAAAGCCAAUCUUCCGAUGACGAUAAUGAAAAGAACAUUUCACAUUUAAAAGAACACUUCGAUGCUGAGAGUGAAGUCCCUAAAGUAGAAAGAUCCAACAGUGGCUAUGAUGCAGUAGUAGAGUCAGCUCAUCCUGCCUUCACCUCAAAGUUCAACUCGGAACAUCAUGAAGUAGGAUACGAAGAACUGUUAGCAGGCGGGGACGUGUUGAGAAUGGAGUGUGUGCCAAAGAAUUACAAAGAAGAAACUCUCCUGGCAUGGUCAAGUCACAUUGAAGUAGGUGCAACCCUCGGAGAUCAUGAUUCAAAUCCAAAAGAGAUGAAGAUAAAUUAGGUGAUUUCUUCUUAUCUGCCAAAAACUUGGAGGACAGAGUUAUCUAGUACUUGUGUUGAUGGUUGCUAGAAGCUACACAAUGGAACAAUCAAGAUGUGGCCAAGCAAGCUCGAGCACCACCUUGUAUAAGAAAAAAUGAGCACUAUUUUGCGAUGCUAUGGAAUAAGUAGCUAUAUGAAUCUUCAAUGUCCAUAUUGCUCCAUUUAAAGCUUAUCCAUCUAUUUUGAAGAUUCAACAUAACUUUGACUAGAUUUACUCUGAAUCUCAAGUUACCACAACCUUUCUCCUCCCUCAGGACUGACAAUGUAAGCAAGCUCAUACUUGGAAGUUGAUUGUCUAAAUUUCUGUGACUUAUCGUAUAGGGUUAUCGAUUCAGGAAUGGCUGCAUUGGAUUGUACAUUUAGUUACUAAUACGCUUCACCGCCCUUCAUGCUUAAGCAUAUCAUGCUUGUAGUUGUUGUACACACCAUUGUAGUGUAUAUACUUCUCCAUAUGCAGCAUAAGGAUACUUAUAGAAGGGAAUAUGGUUCUCAAUGUUGAGUGGAAAGAGGGUAUUUUAGACUCAGAGGCGAAUUCA